UUCACAGAACAGGGUGGGGAAUUGGCUCUAUCGUACAGCACAUAAUUCUUGAACCAAGUCUGCCACUAUGGGUAUCUCCACAUAUUCUGGUCUCUGCUCCAAUAUGUGGUUCUCUUUCAGAACAUCUCUUGGAUCUGUUUCUAUUGUUAUGAUACUGUUUGUGGUAAAACAGGUCUUAGGCUCUCUGAUGGAGAAAACGAUGACAAAGUGGCUUAACUACAAAAAAGAUUGCUUGAAAAAAUUACAAGAAUCUGCAGUAGAAACUGGAAUAUAUUGCAAUGGGACAUUUGAUCAUUUUGUCUGCUGGCCUUAUUCACGUCCAGGAAAUGUGUCUGUUCCUUGUCCUUCAUAUUUAACCUGGCUGAAAAACGGAAGUGCAGGAAAUGUAUACAGAGUCUGCUUGGACCAGGGAAUCUGGCAAACAGAGGAGAAUUCAGCAGUUAUUUGGCGCGAUGCUUCAGAGUGCUAUGAGAAGAAUCACAUCACCCCACAAGAAGAAGAACGCAUGUUACUUUCCACCCUACAGUUACUGUACACCGUUGGAUACUGCUUGUCUCUCAUUUCCCUUGUAUUAGCUCUACUUAUACUUCUGCUCUUCAGAAAACUUCACUGCACUAGAAACUACAUCCAUAUAAAUUUAUUUGCUUCCUUUAUACUGCGAGCCACAACAGUUCUUAUAAAUGAUAUUGUAUACCAUAAUACUUAUACAAAAAGACCAAAUAGUGAAACUGGAUGGAUUUCCUACUUCAGUUCUGAGAUUUUAACCGUUUGCAGGACUUCCCAGUUUUUCUUGCAUUACUUUGUUGGUGCAAAUUAUUUUUGGCUUUUAGUUGAAGGACUUUAUCUCCACACAUUAUUGGUGACUGCUGUGCUUUCUGAAAGCCUAAUGCUGCAAAGAUAUAUUGUGAUAGGAUGGGUUAUUCCAGUUCUGUUUGUGGCCCCUUGGGGAAUAGCCAGAUCAAAAUUGGAAGACACAGUGUGCUGGGACAUAAAUAACCAUAUGGGAAUCUGGUGGAUCAUCCGAGGGCCAAUAUUAUUUUCCAUUACAGUUAAUUUCUGCAUCUUCCUAAAAAUUCUAAAGUUGUUAAUUUCCAAACUCAAAGCCCAGCAAAUGAGCUUUCAUGAUUACAAAUACAGAUUGGCAAGAUCUACUCUGGUGCUAAUACCUUUACUGGGGAUCCAUGAGUUUAUAUUUACCUUCAUCACUGAUGAACAAGUUAAAGGAUUGUCAAGACAUAUAAGACUCUUCAUGCAAUUAACAAUGAGUUCCUUUCACGGUUUCCUUGUAGCAAUUUUAUACUGCUUUGUUAACGGAGAGGUGAAAGCAGAACUCCAAAAGCAAUGGUCCCGCUUCCUGCUGGCUGAUCCAUUUGGCUGCAUGCAGUGCUUCCUUGGGGAAAACAUCAAAUAUCUGGGGAAAUAUUCAAAGAAGCAAAAACAUCAGCACUUUGCCAAUAACAGGUUGUGCGUGGAAGUGAGUGAGCCCUGGGCUGCGCAGCUCCAGCAGGUGCUGUUGAAUGGGAGAGCAGAUCUUAGCUCAGAGCCAGGACGUACUGGAGAGCCCUACCUCAGGGCAAGUGUGUCGGAUAGCAGCGAAGGAGAAGUCACAACUGGGGAGACAACAGAGGAAGUCUUUGAAGAAAGUGAGAUUUAGAAGGCUCUUUUAAAGGACAGCAUAAUAAAGGCACCUUCAGAACGGACCUCUUCCUCCCCCACAAGCUGUGUUCCUGCAACAGGAGAAAAAGAAUGGGAAGUUUUUUCCCAUGGGCUAUGCAGUGUUGUUGUAGCCAGCAUAUUAGACAGACAAGGUGGGUGAGGUCAUAGCUUUUAUUGGACCAACUUCUGCUGAUGACAGAGACAAAUUUCCAAGUUUACCCAGAGCUGAAGAUUACCUCACCUAUCUUGACUUUCUUCCCAUGGGUUAACAUUCCCUGCCCCAUCCCAAGUUAUCUCUUAAACACACAAGGGAAAUCAAAGUAAAAUCUGAGGGUUCCUGCAGAUCUGGUGAUACAUUUCCUCUCAGUCUUUAUGGUGUUUAAAAGAGAGGAGAGAUAUUGUUUUCGGUUAAUCUGGCAACCAAGGAAAACAAGUUGCAUUCUGGUCAUGAAUGGGACCCUGUGGGUGCACAUAGCAGAUUUCACAGAUCAUCCCUGUGUCUUUAUCUGCACAUGUCUACCAUGCUUUUAAUACAAUAGAGAAGAGAACUGUUUUGUUCCUUUACAUAAAUCAUGAGACAUCAUCUGUAUUUUGUUUGCUACUCUGUCCUGCAGUUUUGCUGACAGAUAUGAAUAUCAGCAUGUUUCCUUCGGGUUUGUUUAUUAUUUGGCAUGAAUGGCAUUUUUGGCAUAUACUAAUUUAGUUUUCAGUUUUAUGGA